UAACUUCACCUGAUGCAGUGAUGGCAACACUAUAAAUUACAGUGCGUCAUGCAGCCGGUACUUUAUCAGUUCGACUUUUACCCCAGGGUGUUUGAUUUAAAAAACUACGCUUGCAAGGGCAGACGCCUAUAUACUCAACAAUGCUCGGCGCAAUUUUCGGAUUGCUGAACCUCGCCUUAUUCAAGGAUUUCAGUGGUGUACUUGAACAGAUCCCACUUGGCCCCACGGGUGACUUGGGAUAUGCGACAUACCAGGGCAACCAACCGUACCCAAACGCGGUCGACUCGCGAACCACGGUUGACCUGGGAUAUGUGACAUACCAAGGCAAGCUGGACGAGGAAUACCCAAACACGGUGGUAUACUUUGGGAUACGAUAUGCAGAGCCCCCUGUAGGCUAUCGGCGCUUCCGUGCAACUGUCCCUCUGGACACAGCGCGUGUGACUGAACAGGCCAAUGGGGAGGUGAUCGACGCGACCGAGCCCCCUAACUUUUGUAUCCAAGGAUCACUUAAUCCUUUGCAGCCGGGAGGAGCAGGAUCAGAGGACUGCUUACAUGUCAACAUCUACACCCCCCUCGAUGCCAAAGAAAGGGGCAACUUGCCUGUGAUGGUCUUUAUCCAUGGUGGAGCCUUUUUAUUCGGAAAUCCACUAGCCUGGCCAUUUGAGCACUGGAUCGAACAGAGUCAGGAAGUCAUCAUCGUGUCUGUUUAUUACCGUCUUGCUUCUUUUGGCUUUCUGGCCGUUCCCGAGUUCACCAAUUCGACAUACGGCGACUUUAACGUGGGGCUCAAGGACCAGAGAGAGGCACUCAGAUGGGUCCAGUCAAACAUCGGCAAAUUUGGUGGCAACCCGAACGAGGUCACCGUCGCUGGGCACAGCGCCGGCGCCAUCUCCACGGAGCUACACAUGACUGUCAACGAGCGCGGGCCACUUUUUUCUCGCGCUAUUGUACAGAGCGUCGUCAGAUCGCCCCUUCCCACCCCUGAGCAACAGCGGCCCCUUUUCGAAUUCUACGCAGCAGAAGCAAAGUGUAGUACAGGUUCUGUAGAACAGAAAAUGGAUUGUCUCCGUAAUGCAGACAUCAGUGAGCUUUCAGUGGCGCAGGAGGCUGCAUUCCUUAAUUUCGCCUUGGAAUACCGUGCAUUCAGCCCCAUAGUAGACGGCGUGCUGAUUACUGGACACCCUACGACAAAGUUCCAGGGCGGUGACUUUGCUCAUGUUCCGCUUUUAAUUGGCACAACAUCCAACGAGACUCUUGCUCCCGAACUAUUCUACCAAACUAUUCCUCGGGCACUUAAGGGAACUUUCCCAUUAUUGACAGCCACGGACAUCGAGGAGUUCUUGCAGCAAUAUCCGCUAGAUGACUUUGAUUCUUCGAGUCAUCAGUACCAGGUGGCCACAGGCGAAUCUACUGCGAGAUGCACUCCCCAGGCCAUGGGUAUCCCAUCUUCGCGAUAUGUAAAUGAGACUUGGACUUAUCGGUACAACACGCCUAUACCUCCCAAUAAGUUCGACGAAAUCCCAGUCGAGCAUGCUGAUGAGAUCUGGAUGAUGUUUAGGGGCACCUACAAUGGUCCCAACGGCACUUUCGCAUUUGACCCACAGACGGCAGUCGAACGCGCAUUCGCUUCCGAGCUCAUUGCUUACUGGCUUUCAUUCGUGCGCACCAGCAAUCCAAAUACUUACAAGCUGCCAAAGUCUCCAGUGUGGAAGACGUACAACGAGCCUAGCCCAGUCCGGAUGGUUCUGAUGCAGGAGCCAUACUCGACGAUUAUGAGUGGUAGCUAUAUGGAGAAGCAGCCUGCUCUGGAGACUACCAGGUGUGAAUUUGUAAUUAGCAAGGCGGAGGUCUGUCAAAAUUAG